GAGAAUCAACAACAACAACACAGGAUAUAAAACAGCAGCAGUGAAAUGGCCCCAACAAUCACCAACUCACCCAAACCUCGUCGUAUGAGCUCGACCAUUACCAUCCGGUCCCGUAGCGCAACAAGCCAAGCAUUACGUAGCAUUACGCCAAUUUCGGAAGACGAAACGAUGUCACGACGCAUGCGGCGUUUCAAGUCGACCCUUCCCACUAUUCGUGAGGAAAAGGAAUGUGAUGAUCGCACAACCCGAAAAACGAUCUCACAUCACAGAAAACCCACGUCACAUCGUCAUGUCGCCUGCGGAAUAUGCAAAAAAAGACCACCGUCUAGUGACUUGCGCUACAUACUCUUCAUACAACAUAAAUAAGAAAUACGAAGCAGUAAUAAAACACCACUACUGCGUUAAUUGCUUAGCCAGGUCGCACAA